UUCAAGAUGUCAGCUUCCAUGGAUUCAGACGAAGAAACGUUUGUAACACUAGGAUCGCCGUUGGAAGUGUUUGAAGAUGAUGAACCUAUUAAGAAACCGGUGUCUAUUUAUGACAUUCAAGCAAGAGAUUCCAAAGGCCGGCCGAGAUUUCAUGGAGCUUUCACAGGUGGCUUCUCUGCGGGUUUCUUCAAUACUGUUGGAUCCAAAGAAGGUUUCACACCGUCUACGUUUGUGUCAUCGAGAAGUUCCAAGGCUGAGGCUUCAUCACGCAAUGUUGAAGACUUCAUGGAUGAGGAGGACUUAGGAGAACAUGGAAUUGCUCCUCAGAAAUACACCACAUCAUCAGAGUACACAUCCGAGGAGCGAAGUCGGAAAAGAAAAGCUAUGGCUGCAUCCUUAUCAAGUUCCUCUAUAAUUCCUGGAGAACCAGCUCUUGUGGAUCUUAUAAUACCAGAAAGGUUGUCGGUGGGAGUGAGACUUCUCAGAAAGAUGGGAUGGAAAGAAGGACAGGGGAUCGGUCCGAGACGCAAAAAGAAGAAAAAGAAAAAAGGUUCAUCGGUACGAGUUGUCGGCUGUGCACUGCUACCAUCGGAAAGUGAUGAGGAAUCUGAUGAUGAUUUUAUUUGUGAUGUGACGUUUGCCCCUAAAGACACGACCCCAAUCUCGUUUGAAGCGAAGGACAAUGUGCACGGUCUCGGAUAUCAUGGCUUGGAUCCUACAGCCGCCCUCCCGUCUAGUCACGUCAACCUGUUCGGUCCACCGCCGGUUAGAUCUGGGGGACGCAAAGGCAUCCGCGGUCAGGCGUUUGGUGUCGGAGCUCUGGAGGAGGAAGAUUCAGAUAUUUAUUCGACGGAUCACCUCUCCAACUACGACAUGACGAUGGAGAUCGAAGACAAAGACAACAACUUUGGCUGGACGGCCCCAGGAAAACACAAACCUGCAUCACCGUCAUCUCUUCCUGUUGGAUACCUCGGGAAACUUCUCGCAGGUUUCACGCUGUCUUCUAAACCACUGUCCCAGAAAAAAGUGUUUAAACCUCCAAGUUUACCACGUCACUACCGACCAGUCCAUCACUUCAAAAAGAUCCAACCAGAGGCUGCAGUACAACAAACGUUGAACCAAUCGGAUUCCAUGACACAGCCAAGAAGGAAAGAGCCACUAAAUGCUGUUGACCGAGGCCUCAUGCUAGGAGAAACUCCCAUUUUUACGUCAGUGUUUGAUCUUGUUUCAAAGGAUGAUAAGAAAAAGAUGGAAGAGGUUAAACUGUCGACUCAUCACACAGAUGGAAAAGAUAACCGCGAUAAAUCUGAUGACAAUUGCAUUCACAAUCGUGGUCACGAUCACUCGUCUACUGAUCAAACAGCUGCCCACACUGAGGCCAGUGAACACAGACCUGAUCUCACAAAGACUGAAACCAGUCAACCGGUUGCACUGAUCAAGGGAAACCUGUCGUUUAAACCUUUCUUACGCGACUCGGAGAAACAAGCACGAUACGAGUUAUACCUCAACCACAUCAGACAGGGACAUAAAGACCCUUAUGCUGCUGCAUCAGAUAAACACAUGACUGAGUGGGAGCACGAUAAAGAGAGAGAGGAAUUUACCAAAUCAGCCAAACUGUACAAGCCGAUGGUUGGUUUAAUGGCGCACCGCUUCACCACAGCCAAGUACUCGGAUGAAGUGGACAAAGCCGAUAUUCCAGUUGAUGAGACGGUUGAGAAAUCUGAACAGGCGAAAGCGGCGGAGAUGAAAAUGUUCGGGCAUCUGACGCGCGACGAAUGUGAAUGGGUUCCUGACAAACUGCUGUGUCGGAGAUUCAACGUGCCGCACCCAUACCCCGGAUCCACUGUCGUCGGGGUACCAACUGUGAGGAAAGAGAAAUUCUCGGUUUUCAACUUCCUCAACUUCUCUGAUAGCAGCACAGCUGCCCAGUCACCAGCAACCCAGGCACCAUCAACCCAGGCACCACUAGCUAUUCAGUUUGAUGGUAAAUCUCAUCAGCAUCAACAAGGAUCAGACGUGAGUUCAGACAAAGGUUCAGGACUUUCCAUCAAAGUGAAGCCUCGAAGUCUCGGCAAACCGGCAUCCAUCUUCAGUGUGCUUGACGAUGAUCACCGUAAGAGAAAGCCACCGGGCACAGAGUCAGAAUCAACAGCAGGUGUCUCUCAUGUCUCACCUGUACAAAAAACACAGGAAAACUCGGAAGCCAGCAAUGAUCGACCUCCGAUAGAUUUGUUUAAAGCAAUAUUCAAAAACUCAGAUUCUGAGUCGUCGAGUACGUCUGAUUCUGAAGAUGACGCAGUUGCUCGUAACACUGAUGUCAUCACUACAGACACAAACCGGACACACACAAAUGAUGUUGUGGUUAACAGAGCAGAUAAUUCAAAACCCCAAGAUGAUGAAAUACAAAAACGAUUACCAUCGCAUGAGUUAUCUGCUGCUGACCAGCAACAUUUAUCUCCCCCUGCUGCUGAAACGGGUGCAGAUCGGUUGUCUUCCCCUGUCGUGUCGGGUGAUAUUCCGGAUACAGCAUCAACCUAUGGGCCGGCUCUUCCACCACGUCACUUGACUGCAGCGUCAGUUGAAGCAUCUACAUGUGGUACUGAUGUGGUGUUCGCCAAAACUGUUAGCAAUGUCAGAGGAAGUACAUCGGAAAGAAAAACAUCGCCAUAGAAACAAACACAAGACAGAACAUAAACACAAACACAAGAAAGAGAAAAAGGUAA